AUGGUACGAUCAACUCCCGCUUCAGCCCUUCGGUAUCUCCUACGAGAAUAUCAAGGAACCGCACGGCGAAGCUCCAGCGCGCAAACACCCCAGCAAAGGCGAGCGAACCUCAAGUUCCAGAAGGACCAGGAGGCCCGUCGUGGCAAGUCGGAGGACCAAAUCAAGAAGCGCGUAGAAAAGGCGCCCAAGUCCCCUAUCUCCAUGUUUUGGCUCGUUGUCCUCGGCUUUAUCGUCUUCGGCGGUCUCGUCUUCGAAGUUCUUUCGCGUCUGUUCCUCAACUAA